AUGAAGGGAGUGCUGUUUGGAUCAUCGCAACUAAAAUUUCUCUGUCGGGAACGAUUGUUUGUUGACAGGGAGAUUGAGAUCUGUACAUUUUCUAUCCCCGGGCUCACAGUUGGAGAGGCUCCUUUCCGAUUUGACCAGCUGCGGUUGGAGAGAAUGAACUUCAUCGUUGUUUACCUUGGAGGCAACGAUAUAGACAGCGGCCGGGAACCCCACGAUGUUUUCAACCACCUCUUGGAAUUUGCUCACUUCCUCCAAGGCAGCUUUGAGAAUGUUUUCCUAUGCCAGUUAAUGCCCCGACUUGACGAUGCCUUGUGCCAGAAGCACAAACGCUUCAACAGGCGCCUGAAAAAAGCGGCGGACAGGACCAUACACAUUGUCGGGACCGAGUUCAAAUUCUUGAAGCACGGUCUAGCCGACAAGCGCCUCCUUGCUGCUGACGGCUACCACGUCGACCGCAAGCACGGCAUCAACGCCCUGGCGUUUUGCAUACAGCGGGCCCUGCACACAGCGAUAGGUACCCCAUUGACACCUGCGCCACCGCACCUGACGCCCAGGAUCCUCAGGUGUACACGUUGUGCAACUUGCGGCAAAACCGGGGCAAGGAAGCUUACUUGUGGCCAUGGAGAGGGAAUUUGCGGCGCCUUCCGAGCACACUAA